UGGAAACUAGAGAAUUUGCAUCCACGCCAUUCCAUUUCUUUGAGAAUUUGCAUACACUGAUCCUCGCCUUACUAGCCAAUUGAUCAAAGAUCAAACCAGGGUUGUGCUCAUAAAAGCGCAAAUCCUCAUUUGCAGCCUGGGUAUUAGACUGAAUAUCUAGGGGCCAUAAGACCCUUUUGACAUACAUUAUCCCAGGACCCCUCCCAAGAAUGAAUCAAACGCAAUUGCAAAGCGAAGGCUGCUACCUCGUAUUUCAACGAUGUGAAUACGUUCGGCUCGAUCAAAUACAAAUUGUUUGUCAUUGUUAGGAAGAGAUUUCCAUGUCGGCAUCCACCUAAGUUCCUAAUUUAAUGGGAUGGUGGAGAUCAAAGGAAGGUCAAGGGAUUGGAGACGCAGAAAUACCGCUUUCAGUUCUCCCAAAAGUUCUUUUACCAGGCCCACAUCAUCGAUAGGAGUUGUAUUCGAACUGAAUGUGGAAGCCCUAACCGGCUUCACCUCCAUCACAAUCCGAGACAACGAGAAUCACGAUAAGUCAAGCUUUACCAAUCGAUCACCCCUCUCUACCUGGGCACCUAUAAUGGCCCUGUGAUGAGACAGUAUAAUUGCCGGAAUCCCGGACCUGCUUAGUUUGACUGCUGGUCCAGACAUACAAUGUAAGCGCUCCUUCUCUUCACCAGCAUAGAAUCGCAUUAAGCUAACUCCACACUGUUUCAGAUAAAGAGCGGCAAACAAAUAGCCAGACUUUCGAACGAAACGGAGAAUAUCUCUUGCAAGAACAAUCGUUACAACACCACACUCACGGUUGAUAGACCUAGUACAGACUCAGUUCUAACAAUCUAAAAGUUUACUAUUCCGGAAAUAUGGCCGCUACUCAACGCGAUAUCAUCAACACCAAUUUUCAAAAAUUCGAAAAAUUUGGAGGUGUGGAAUUUCGAAGGUGGCAGAAAAAGAUGCAUUUUUUGCUCACCACUUUGAAAGUGGUCUACGUGUUAAGCACCCCAAGGCCGCCUGAGGAAGAAGAAAAAGAGUCUUUGGAAACAAGCCGCCGCCGCAUAAAGUGGGAUUAUGACGACUACAUUUGUCGUGGGCACAUUUUGAACGGUAUGUGUGAUUCUCUAUUUGACGUGUAUCAAAGUGUUUAGUAUGCUAAAACGUUGUCAGAAUCUCUAGAAUCCAAAUAUAUGACCGAGGAUGCUUCUAGUAAGAAAUUUCUCAUUAAUAACUUUAGAAUCCAAAUAACGUUGUGGGAAUCUCUAGAAUCCAAAUAUAUGACCCAUGGAGCAAUUUCAUGAGAUUCAACGUUUAUAUGAUCAACUUUUGAUUCAUAACAUGCAUGUUAAUAAAACCUUUGCGGUCGGUUCUAUAAUCGACAAAUUACCACCUUCAUGGAAGAAAGUGAAAAAUAGCCACAAACGCAAAAAGGAGGAUUUGUCAAUGGAGCAACUUGGCCGCCGACUUCAAAUUGAAGAAGGCAUUAAGUUGCGUGAAGGUGACAAUAGUAAAAAGAAUGACCUUCCAAUUUUCUCUAUAAAUGUUAUGGAGGAGGGACAGUCAAGUGGGACCAAGAAAAAUAAAAAACGUCUCUGGAAAUUCACCAAAGGUUCCAAGUUUCAAAAGAAGCCGAAAGAUAAGAAAGUAGGCUCUUGUUGGGAAUGUGGUGGUCCACAUUUCAAGAGAGACUGCCCGAAGGUGAAGAAGAAGAAAGCCCAACUGAACGGCCAUCCAAAUGGUGGCCAAGACAACCAAGGAUGAUGAAUUUUGGUGGAUCGACACCAGAGCAACAAGGCAUGUAUGUAAAGAUAUACAAGCUUUUAUGACUUUAAAAGAGUUGCAAGAAGGGCCGAUCUUAUACAUGGGAAAUGAUUCUACUGUGCAAAUUCAAGGAAUUGGGCAAGUAGAAUUGGAAUUCUCUUCCGGAAACAAAUUAAUUCUUAAUGAUGUGUACUUUGUACCACAAAUCCGGAAAAAUCUUGUCUCCGGUAGCAUCCUAAAUAACUUUGGGUUUAAACUUAGCUUUGAAGCAAAUAAGUUUAUUUUAUCUAUGGGUGGUGUAUUUGUUGGCCAAGGUUUCUAUUGUAAUGACAUGUUCAAACUAAGUGUUGUAAAUAAAGUUGUUAAUUCUGUUUA